ACGCGGGAGACUUGAGAUUUGACAGUAGCGGCAGUGCGUCACAAGAAGGCAGACGGGAGUCAUUGUAGGGUUUACUUGCAUACUAGUAUAAGUUGAUGUUACACUUUUUAUUUUACGAACAUUUGCCAUUGAUACCUGCUUUGGCCUUACAACAGCGUUAAGGCUGAUUGAAAAUCAGACAAUGCGCAGAUCAGCAGCCCCAAGCCAGCUGUUUGGAAAUGCAGCAAAGAAACCCAGGUUCAUACCCCCAGGUACACUGCAUCCAAACUCUGUGCCUGUACAGAAAACUACACCAACAUUGCCACUCGUUACAGAGAACAAGCCUCUUCAUGAAAGCAGUGGUAAACCAGAAAACAAUGUUCCGGCAAAAGCCUUAGUCGGAAUCUUAAAUCCAGCACUGCUGGUGGAUACCAAGGAGAACUGCCAAACGGGGGAACAGAAGGCUGAAGCUCAACUUGAGCAAGUGGACAAACCAAACACUGGAUCUUCAGUUAAUGCUGCAUCCAAGAUCUAUCAAAAUCAGUCCAAAUCAUCCCGGUCAUUCUUGCCUCCAAAGUCCUUUUGCAGCCCUUCCUCGCAGAGGACAAACCCGGUCAAACCUGAAGUAGGACAGAAUGGACCAACCAGUGUCGUUAAGUACUUCAGCGUGGUGUGGUGCAAGGCAUCAAAGAAAAAACACAAGAGAUGGGAGGGAGAUGCAGUGUUAGUGACCAGAGGGAGGACGGUGAUACUGAAGGACAUUGAAGGCAAAGACAUUGGGAGAGGGACUGGAUACAAGUCUGCAGAGCUGGAAGGCCUCACUGAAGGCCAGACUUUGAUGGUUGGUGGGAAGGAGAUAGAGAUAAUGGGGACCAUCCUGCCAGAAGAUUUCAGCAGUGGCAGGUGUUUCCAUUCCGUUCCCGUUGAAGCUGUCAAUCAAGUCUCUGGUCCAGUCCAACAGGCUUUACUGAAGCCCUUUUCCAAGCCCUUGAUAAGUGGCUGCAAAGGGAACAGCCAGAAUGAAGAAGCCAAACAAAGACUGAUCUGCAAACCACGGCACAACCCUUUCACACCAGAUGCAUUGGUCAUGCCACGUCCCUCCAUGAACCACCAGUGGAUGUUUAACAAGGCUGGUUUGCAGGUGGUGGAUGUUGUUGUGGACCCUUACCUCGGUACCCACCUGCGGCCACAUCAGAGAGAGGGAAUCAUCUUUCUUUACGAAUGUGUGCUGGGGAUGAGAUUGAAUGGCAGGUGUGGUGCAAUCCUUGCUGAUGAAAUGGGGCUAGGAAAGACCCUACAGUGCAUCUCACUGGUGUGGACCCUUCUUCGACAGGGACCCUACGGGAGUAAACCAGUGAUAAAGCAAGUACUCAUCGUCACACCAGGCAGCCUGGUGAGAAACUGGAGCAAAGAGUUCCAGAAGUGGUUGGGGACAGAGCGAAUCCAUGUCUUUGCUGUAGAUCAGGAUCACAAGGUUGAAGAUUUUAUCAAUUCCCCUCUCUGCUCGGUACUCAUCAUCAGCUAUGAAAUGUUGCUCCGGUCCCUGGAGCAGAUUCAGAAGGUCGAGUUCAACCUGAUCAUAUGUGAUGAAGGGCAUCGCUUAAAAAAUAGCAACAUAAAAACUUCCUCCGCACUUACGAGCCUGUCUUGUGACAGAAGGGUCAUUCUUACAGGCACACCAGUUCAGAAUGAUCUCCAAGAAUUCUACGCUAUAAUCGAGUUUGUGAAUCCAGGGAUUCUCGGGUCUGCCUGCACCUACAGAAAGAUUUAUGAAGAGCCUGUCAUCAGGUCUCGGCAGCCUUCAGCAACCGAGGAAGAAAAGCAGCUUGGCCAAGAAAGAGCAGCUGAGCUUGGUCGUCUGACUGGGCUCUUUAUCCUGAGGAGGACACAGGAGAUCAUUAACAGAUACCUCCCCCCGAAAGUGGAAUGGAUCGUCUUCUGUGAGCCUGCAGCUUUGCAGCUGGAAGUGUACCGUAAGCUUCUGACAUCUCGCACUGUCAGGUCCUUCCUGCAGGGGGCGACUGAGAACAGCCCUCAUUUGGUCUGUAUCGGGGCUCUGAAGAAACUUUGCAAUCACCCAGGUUUGCUGCAUACUACCAUCAAGAAAAAGGAGCAGAGUCCUAAAAGCAGGCAUGACGAGGUUUACGAGAGCGCUCUCUAUGAGGGGUUAGCAGACCUCUUCCCAGAGGAAUACGCAGCCGAUGGAUAUAAAACAGAGGAUUCUGGGAAGCUGCAGGUACUGGCUGACCUGCUGGCAGCAAUCCGCCAGCUCAGUCCUGCUGAAAGAGUUGUUCUUGUUUCCAAUUACACCCAGACUCUGGACAUGCUGCAGGAAAUGUGUCAAGGUUUUGGGUACAGCUCCACACGACUGGAUGGACAGACCCCGGUAUCCCAGAGACAGCAGAUAGUGGAGGGCUUCAAUAGCAGAUACUCCUCAGACUUUGUGUUUUUGUUGAGCUCGAAAGCAGGAGGUGUAGGUUUGAACCUGGUUGGGGCAUCGCAUCUGAUUCUCUAUGACAUUGACUGGAAUCCUGCCAAUGAUAUGCAGGCCAUGGCCAGGGUUUGGAGAGAUGGGCAAAAGAGAACAGUUCACAUUUAUCGCUUCUUGACCACAGGUACUAUUGAGGAGAAGAUCUAUCAGAGACAGAUCAGUAAGCAGGGUCUCUCUGGAGCAGUGGUGGACCUGACAAAGAAAUCCAAUCACACCAGCUUCUCUGUGGAAGAGCUCCGGAACCUGUUCACACUACAUGAAGACUCGGAGUGUGUUACUCAUGACCUGCUGAAUUGCAGCUGUGGAUCUGGAGCAGGCACUGAAGGUCUCACUGAAGAUGUAAAGCUUGUGGUUCAGAGAAGCUGCCAGCUGGGUCACAGUCAUGAAAAACCUGACUCUCAGAAACACCUGUCAAUGUCAGAGCUGAUGCAAUGGAAACACUACUCUGGAAAAAUUCCUAGCUUUCCAGAUCUGUUCCUUGACAGGGCUAGGAAACACAUUACAUUUGCCUUUCAGAAUAAGACUAAGCAUCAAACACCUUCCAACAAAGAGACAUGACCUCACUGUCUCCUGUCGCAAAUCAUUGGUUAAGGAGGACUGUAUUAUUCAGGAAACAAGUCUUGAUCAAAUAUUUUUAAAUGUGUACACUAACUGCUGAAAACUAAGUGUACCUUUAAGCGGAAUCUAGAGAUUCCGCUUACAGCUUGAACUGAAACUGACAUCCAGAAAUGCUGCACUUUUGCUAAAACAGUGUUCUCCAUUAAGUAAGCAAUACACAAUUUACUUAGAUAAACUUCAAGAAACAACAAAGCAAAUGAAUCACAUUUUGUAGGAAUCCAGGAGCUGAUCCCUUUGAGUUUAGAUGAAAAGUAAAGUGAAUGGCUAAGUAUUUAGAAGUAGAAAACUAAAGUGCAAGGAAAGUUUAAAGUAAGUUACUAAACAGCUUGUCUCAGUUAUAUUUGUAAAGUUAAUUAAUUUACACAAAAUGUAAAUAAUUAAAUUGAAUUCAGGAAGAGGUACUCAUUUACCAAGCUUUGAAAUUUCAGGCGAGUGUCUGUGUGUCUUAUGUACUAAAUAUAAAUUUGUAUAGUCCAAAAAACAAAAUCUGAAAAAAAUGAUGUAUGCAUUGUGUACUGUACUAUAAUUGUAGUAUGAUUGUUAUACAGUUUUUGUGUUUGUUUUCAAAAAACUGUAAAGGUUUUUUGAUAACAUUGAUAAAACAAAUCUAAUAAAUUGUGCAUUAACCUAUGACA